CAGAAACCCAGCAAGUCUCUCCAUCCACCAAGUGACCUUGAGCAAGCCCAGUCCCAGGUCACACCCAAGAGCACAGAGAAAGCUGAGGGGGACCGCUUGGUGUCCCCUGGGAGUGGGGACCAUUGAGUAGGUCACCACAGACCAGGUCCAUGUGGAGCUGCAGUGAAAGGGAGGGACCCGGGGCUGGAGCCAGGGGAGGGGGACUGACUCCAGAGCUGGAAGCAGUCAGGCAGGGCAACAGCGGCACCAAGAACUGAAAAUGGGGCAAGGGUGGGGGCCCUGCUGGCCCGUGCUGGCCAGGAGUCAGCAAGGUUGGGGACCAGAUCUGGCAGGUGAACAACCUCUGGGCCACCUGUCUCUACCUGACCUGCAGGUGUGUCCCACCCCUCCCUCUGGGAGCCAGGGCACCUGCCGGUGGGAGAGAGGGGUCAGUCAGCUGGCACCAGGACCGAGCCAAGGAACACCCUGGCCCGCCCUCCCAGGGCCUCCCUGGUCCCAGAAGCCACUGGAAGCGGUCCCUGGGGGCAAAGACCCCUGCCCAGGUCGCCUCCCAGCUGCAAAGUGGGUGCCUGUGCCUUUAAAUUCUCAGCAGGUUGGCUCGGCUGAUGACAUCACUGGUUCCCGGGAGCCGUGGAGCCAGAGCCACUGGAGCCUGGGCGCCUGGGCUGCCGGGUUGCAGACAUGGAGGGCCAGAGCGGCCACCAGAGGACCCAGGCGGGGCAGGGACCCGUGCCCACAAUCCACGGAGCUUCGCAAACUGGGGCACCCCCCCAGCUCCGGGCAAAGGAGAACGCAGCCCUGGUGGCCUCGGAACCCCAGCUGGCACUGGCAUCUGUGGGGGCUCCCUUAAUGAUGCCACCUUCCCCGGAGGGGCCCAGGCUGGCGCUGGCAUCCCCCCGACCCCUCUCGGUAUUGCCGUCAGUGCCCACGGGGCAGAAGACAGUGCCUGCCCUGUGCAGCCCGGCACCCAGCUCCCUGGGCCACCUGGUGGUGGCUGCCCCGACCACCGGCUCUGUCCCGGCCCCGACCUCCCUGGGGCAGCUGGUGAUGUCCACUUCAGCUGGGCCAAGGCCUCCACCAGCCACAUCGGGGCCCAGGCCGGCUGCUACAAUCUGGGACCAGAAGCAGGUGGCACCAGCCUGUGUGGGACCAACACCAGCACUGGCUGCUUCAGGCCUGAGCCUGGCCCUCACACCUCCUGAGCAGCCUCCCCCACCCCCCGCCAGUGCCUCCCCAGCGCCCAGCCCGGCUCUGUCACCUGCCCGGCAGCCGGCCGCACCCCUCCCAGCUAGACAGAGGGACGCCCCAAGCCCUAGGCACGGCCCUUCCCCUGAACAGGCUUCCCCUGUGGGCUCGCCAUCCUCGCUCCAGACCCCCCCAGACCCCCGUGUCUCCCCCUCCUUCAGAGCACGGCCUGAGGUCCCCCGGAACAACCCCGAGGACCCCGUGAUCCCCAGACGACCGCCCCAGAGCCUGCCCCUGGAUGGGAGCCAUGCCCCCCCUGAACCUGACGCCCGCUCCCCUAUUCUCCUGUCCCCCACCUUCCGGCCAGGGGCGUCCUCAGCCCAGACUGUGCCCCCAGCACUGCCCAAGCCUCCCCGCUCCCCCAGCCGCUCCCCCAGCCGCACCCCCUGUGUCCCUCCAGCCCCCGGGAAGAUGCUCCCCAGGCCUGGCACCCAGGGGGCAGCCCCCAGCACCCACUCAAGUCCCAGCCUUCAACCCCGAGAAGCCCCGGCCCCGGUCACCACCCCCCCUGCUGCGUCCACCUCGGCCUCCUCCUGGUCGGCCCAGCCUACCUGCAAGAAUGACCCUGGCUUCUGGAUCACUGUGGUCACGUGGAAUGUGGGCACCGCCAUGCCCCCGGAUGAUGUCACGUCCCUCCUGCACCUGGGCUGCGGUGGCGACAGCAACGGGGCCGACAUGAUCGCCAUAGGGUUGCAGGAGGUGAACUGCACCAUCAACAAACGGCUCAAGGACGCGCUCUUCACGGACCAGUGGAGCGAGCUCUUCAUGGACGCGCUGGCGCCCUUCCACUUUGUGUUGGUGAGCACCGUGCGGAUGCAGGGUGUCAUCCUGCUGCUCUUCGCCAAGUAUUACCACCUGCCCUUCCUGCGCGCUGUGCAGACUGAUUGUACCCGUACCGGCCUGGGGGGCUACUGGGGCAACAAGGGGGGCGUGAGCGUGCGGCUGGCGGCCUUCGGGCACAUGCUCUGCUUCCUCAACUGCCACCUGCCCGCGCACAUGGACAAGGCGGAGCAGCGCAAGGACGACUUCCAGACCAUCCUCAGCCUGCAGCAGUUCCCGGGGCCUGGGGCGCACGGCAUCCUGGACCACGACCUGGUGUUCUGGUUCGGGGACCUCAACUUCCGCAUCGAGAGCUACGACCUGCACUUCGUCAAGUUCGCCAUUGACAGCAACCAGCUUCACCAGCUCUGGGAGAAGGACCAGCUCAACAUGGCCAAGAACACCUGGCCCAUCCUGAAAGGCUUCCAGGAGGGACCCCUCAACUUUGCACCAACAUUCAAGUUUGACGUGGGCACCAACAAAUAUGACACCAGUGCCAAGAAGCGGAAGCCGGCCUGGACUGACCGGAUCCUCUGGAAGGUGAAGACCCCAGCCGGGGGCCCCAGCCCCUCUGGUCGGGAGAGCCACCGGCUCCAGGUGACGCAGCACAGCUACCGCAGCCACAUGGAGUACAUGGUCAGCGACCACAAGCCCGUGGCAGCCCAGUUCGUCCUGCGGUUCGCCUACCGCGACGACGUGCCGCUGAUACGCCUGGAGGUGGCCGACGAGUGGACGCGGCCAGAGCAGGCGGUGGCACGGUACCGCGUGGAGACCGCCUUCGCCCGCAGCUCCUGGGACUGGAUUGGCCUGUACCGGGUGGGCUUCCGCCACUGCAAGGACUACGUGGCCUACGUCUGGGCCAAGCACGAGGACGUGGACGGGACGGCCUACCAGGUGGCUUUCAGUGAGGAGUCCUUGCCCAGAGGCCACGGGGACUUCAUCCUUGGCUAUUACAGCCACACCCACAGCAUGCUCAUUGGGGUUACCGAGCCCUUCCAGGCCCCCAGUGACCCACCGGCUCCCAGAUCUCGCUGCCCACCUCGGAAGUGGCCAGCAGCAGCACGGACAGCUGGCAGGGCAGCUCGGAGGACGAGGACGACAGCACCUUGGAGCUGCUGGCACCCAAGUCUCGCAGCCCCAGCCCCGGCGAGUCCAAGCGCCACCGCAGCCGCAGCCCCGGGCUGGCCCGAUUCCCCAGCCUGGCACUGCGGCCCUCCUCCCGUGAACGGCGCGGGGCCAGCCGCAGCCCCUCGCCCCAGAGCCGCCGCCUGCCCCGGGGGCCCCCUGAAAAGGGCAGGGAUGGCAGUGGCCAGGGUGGCCACCAGGAGGGACCCCCCGGGCUGCCAGGGCCCUGGGCCUUCCCACCACCCGUGCCUCAAGGCCUGCGUCUGCUGCCUGCCCUGCGCCUGGAGACUGCGGACCCCGGUGGUGGCAGCUCCUGGGGGUCUGACCCCCAGGUCCCGGCCCCCAGCAGCCUGUCUUCCAGCCCCCAGUGCCAGCCAGGGCUGGAGGAAGGGGCCCUGGGGCCCUGAGGGGUCUGGGUGGGCCCAUCUGGAAGCCCCCUGUCCUAUCCCGUCUUCUGCAACCCCACCUGCCUCCCACCUGUGGCUCUCGAUUCCUCUGCACCUGCCACUUUGUCCUGGCUGGGGGUGGGGGGCACCCGGGAUCCCCCAAUCUGGUCCCAGCACCUCAACUGUGAAACUCAGCAAAGCCCUCCCUGGGCCCCCAUCAGGGGUGGGGCAGGGCCAUCAUGGAGUCAGGGCUCAGGAAUUAAAUUCUUAGGCUGGCU